GCCAUCUUUAUUUUUCCCUCGCGUGCGCAUAUACACGCAUAUGCGCAACAUAUUCGUCGUGAAAAUAACAAUUCGAUCCACACUCCGCUACAGAAAUCCACCAAUGCACGACUCCAACCACCAUUUCUCGGCGAAUGUGACGCACGUACGCUCGCGCGCGCCUCUGCUUUCUCGCGCUUGUAAACACAGCCCAGAAGCUAGUACGCGACAAGCCACCACUGCUGCUGCUGCUGCGCCAACAUUGUAUCCCGUCUUUCUCUUCUCGUCGUUAAUAAACAGAGGCUCGUUUUUCAUUUCUUCAAAUUCAUGAAACACAAGAUAAGCUUUGGCCGCAUCGAACGACUCAAAGCCACGAGCAAGAGCUACUCCGGAGGUAAAUCUUCCUUCGCCCUGAGCAAGAAGAGGAAGAAAAGAAUGCCGAAGUAUCUACGCUGCGCAGUCAAGUAGACGUUGUUUUUGUUUUGCUGUGUCGCGAAAGCAUAAGGAAUUCGCACGUACCACCAUGACGUGGUGGACUGAUUUGAAGCAAUUCAUCAGCAAUGGGGACAGCAAUGGUAUCAAUUCUAUGCUGAGCCAAGUUUCGGUGGCAGACAUACGCGAUGAUCACGACAGUAACUUGUUGCAUUAUUUUACAAACACUGACAAUGAGACUAUCGCAAGACAGCUGAUUGAAGCAGGCUGCGACAUCAAUCUCAAAAAUCGGUAUGGUGAAACACCACUGAUGACAGCUGUUGAAUCAAACAAUCUCAAAAUAGCUAAACUACUCCUUGAUGCAGGAGCUAUUCAUCUGAAUACAAACUUUAUCGAAGAGUUUGGUCCCUUGCACAUGGCCGUCUGGUAUGGAUUCAAGGCUAUGGUUCGAAUAUUACUUGAUGCUGGUGCAGAUGCAAAUGUCAUCGAUGAAGAGUAUUCUAGUCCCUUACAUUUGGCUGCUAAAGUGGAACCGUAUGCUGCUCAACCUUGCCUCGUUCCAGGGGACAGCAAAUGUAAUUACGACAUUGCAAAGAUGUUAGUGGACGCAGGGGCGGACGUGGAUGCGGUGGAUUAUCAGGCGAUCAGUCCACUGCACUGGGCAGUAAUGCGGGGUAAUUACGACGUGGCUGGUCUGCUGUUGGAUAAGGGCGCAAACGCCGACGUGAUGGAUGACAACUUCGUGACUCCGCUGCACUGGUCAGUGCGUGACCUCAAUAUCGAGUUCGUAAAGCGACUCAUCAAGGCUGGGGCUAACGUCGACAUGGUCGACUGCCAUGGUAUGACAUGUCUGCACUACGCUGUCAAAGCGCGCUUUAACGAGAUGGUCUGGCUGCUGUUGUCUGCUGGAGCAACUCCCAACUGCACCGAUGGCCAAGGUUACAGUCCUCUGCACUGGGCUGUACGCGAGGAGAGCUUGGAGUUAGUACAGAUUCUGCUGGAAGCUGGUGCUGACGUUAAUAUUCAAGAUGACCAAGAUACGGAGGGUCUCUCUGCUCUGCAGGUCGCCGCAGAAUUGGGUUUGAAGGACAUAAUCCUACUACUCUUGAGUCACGGCGCAGACGUAAAGGCCAAGUGCAACCGUGGUUGCAGUGUACUCUACUAUGCGGCUAUGUGCAAGCGCAUCAACUUCCACGUCGACGACGAACUCUACGUUGAACUACUGCGACUACUUCUCGAUCAUGGCGCGGAGAUUGGCGACAGUAGUUGCAGUGUCAAAACUUCUUUUGACAGCGCACUCCUCUACUGGAACGAACAAGCUGUCCGUCUGUUCAUAGAACGGGGUGUUGAUCUGAGAAAAUGCAUUCUAGGGAACAGCAAGAGCUCGUCGCUCUACGAUGCGGCCCUCAACAACGGCAAAAGCGUGCUUAAGUUCCUCGUCGACAGUGGCCACUUCAACAUAGAACAGAAGUACGGUUCAGGGCUCACGGCCCUGCAUCUCGCCUCCUUUUGGAAUAAGUUCAAUUGCGUCAAAUUCCUGCUGAAACGCGGCGCAAACAUCAACAACAACAAUGUGUUCGGCGAGACACCACUCUACUCGGCCAUUCAAAAUGGGCACGCAGAGUCGGUCCGGUUACUGCUCACGUACGACGCCGAUGUCAACGUGAAAACCACCAGGAAUCAGACUAUUCUCAGUGCAGCCCUCGAGACCAGCAGGCAGGACAUCGUCCUUUAUGUGGUUAGGCACAUAGCUAAGGUCGAGGCACAACAGCUCCGAGUCGAGCGGGAGAACUUGCGACUGAUUGCCAGUUUUGAAGACCUGCAUGACUUUUAUGAAAAGUGCAGGACAGAGUUGGCGCUCAUGGAAGGCUCGUACAUUCACGGUAUCAUCACAUUCUUUGACAUACUUACAGCUCGAGACAUUGGAAAGUAUGCGCGUAACGAGCAUGUCGUUCGAACUUUCGACACGGUAGACCUUUCGGAAUACUUUCCGAUUUACCAGGAUCUGCUGAUCGAAAGAUUCGACAAAGAAAUGAAGCGACAGGUGUUGAUGAAGCAAGCUAUGGCAGGCCUCAGUCGCAUACUCAGGUGCGAUGCUGACACCUUCCAUGUGCUCUUUUACAACGUCUUCCGUUACCUUGGUACAAAAGAUCUACGAAAUCUAGUAGACGUUUGAGAUUAUAUGUAUAUAUUUUUUAUAGCGUUAGUAUUAGUUAGUAUAGCUCCACGUUGAAAUCGACUGUUGUUUUUAUACUGAUUUUAUACUUUAUUUUUUUAGCCCGUUUAUCAAUCAAUUACACCGCGUGUAAAAAGCAUUUGUUAUUCCCACCUGAUUUUUAGAUAUAUAUGAAAAAAUGUAUUGUGCAUAUAUUGUAUAGUUAUAUUUUUAUUUGAUAAAAGCUAGGCAAUUACUUUUGCAUUGUAAUUAUAACUCUAUUUUCAUCUUGUUCAAAAUUUUUGAAAUUUCAGGAUCAUUUUCUAUUUGAUGACCAAGAUCUAUAACUAUUUACAAAAAAGUUUUUAUACUAUAUCUGUUUUAUUGAAAUAUAUUAAUAAAUAAGAUAUGAAAAGCGAAAUAAGAUGUUUUAAAGUACCUUAUACAAAAAACGUUUUAAAGGUUGCAAUCCAGUCAAUAUCAAAAUGCGCUUCAAGUACUUUUCUCUGAUUCGAUAUAAUAAACAGAUUUGCAAAAAAUUAUUGAAUGUAGCUAUGAUGACUCAGAUUUAAAAUGAGGAGUAUAUAUAAUAAUUAAGACAAAACAAAUGGUUCUAUGGAAUACAAGUCGAACAUAGAGAGAUUCCUUCGAGACAAGUAUUUAUAAAAGAUUGGAAUAUAUAUUAGUCUUGAAUUUAAAAAAAAGGUACAAAUGCAAGUUUUCAUAAAAAAUAAUUGAAUAAAAAUAGGACAAAAAAGGUCAUUUAAAGUAUAUAAAGAACAUUUAAGCUACAGUUGUAAGAAAUUUUAUACAUAAUAAAUCUGAUACAUAAAUGUAGUUAAA